AUGGCGCAAUGUUACGAGAACAGGUUUUUCUGCAAGCAAUGUGACUACAGUACAGAGAAGAAGAUCAAUUAUCUCCGACAUGUGAAAAGAAACCACUCUUCAAGUGAAAAAGACGAAGGUGAUCGUCCCUCUUGCAGCAAAGUAAUAGAGGAUACAUGUGACAACAACAGUGUGGCAGAUACCACAAGAAGUAAAGACACAAAUGGAGAACAUGGAUCUUCAUCAGAAGACGAGGAGGCGUGGUUGUCUAAAGACCCAGAUGUUAGUAUUGGGGAGGCAAUAGAAACUGAGCAUCUUGAAGAGAGGAGCCAAGAAGUCGAGACUGGGACAACAAAUGAUCCUACAGUGAGGAAGAGAACUUCUCCGAUGCCAGUUUACAGCCCAGCACCACCCAAGGUAGUAAGACCUUGUGUGAUACCGGCAGUUGAAUCUGAGCAAAGGGAUGCCCAAAUUAACACAAGUGUGUCUGCUGAGGUGCUGAACAAGGGAAGAAUGGUGGACAGUUGUACUCAGACGGAACCAGUCCGUUACACAAAGUCCAUAACUACGACCACCAUUGUCAAGGAGAGUGGCAAGAAGGUCAUAACUGUUAAGAAGGAGAAAAUGCUGUAA